AUGGGCUCAGGAAUAUUGGAUCUUACAAACCGUGGCAACAAGAUUGCAGAGAGGCUUUCACAGGAUGUUCAGGAAGCUCUCACAAAGCAUGAGCUUGAGGAAGUAAUCCUUCCAGCAGAAGUGGAGAAAAUGCUAGAUGAGUUCAUAGCAUCCCACAAUAAGGGUCUAAAGAGGGUGAGACCAAUCAAUUUCCCUGGUAUUGAGGAUAAUAUAGACCAGGAGUUGGAGGAUGUGUUGUUUGUAACUCAUGGGUUGCUGGAGGGAUUUAAUAAUGUUAUUGGACUUUUAUAUUUUAUAGAUGACAAAUUUGGAAAUGCAGGCCUUUUUUUGAAAGAGCUGACUAUAGCAAAAAAUGGUUAUGUGGUCCUUGCCAUUUCAAAAAUCUUGGAUCCCAUUUUUGCUUGCAAUGAAGAUGAAACUCCAGCAAUGCAUGCAUGGUAA